UCAUUUGGUCAAACCAAACAAAACCCGACUUCAAAAUUCCCGCCAGGAAACGUUGCCUUCGUCUUCUCUCGACUCCGGCGCUGCUCCGCGUCCUCCUCGCCAGAGCCUCCUUCACCAACCUAACACCCACCUUGUUCUUCUCUUCCUUCAAGCCCACCCUCUCUCUCUCUCUCUCUCUCUCUCUCUCUCUCUAUCUCUCUCUCUCGUUGUAAAUAUAUUUCUGAUAUGAUGAUUGGCCUGAGAUGGAGCAGCGCCAUCCAUCACUCUUUUUCCUUGCAUCACUCUCUUCUUCGAUCCCUGUCUAAUUUCCCCCUUCCUGUGAGCUCGUAUCCAGCAAAUGAUCUCUCUCGCUACACCGCCAGGAUCCAAGAUUUGUGUCGCCUCGGCUACGUAAGCGAAGCACGUAGCGUGUUCGAUACGAUGCCCCACAGAGACACCAUCACCUGGAACUCCAUGAUCUUUGGCUACUCCCUCAACGGCAUGAUGGAUGAUGCCCGGAGGCUCUUUGACGCCUUUGCUGGAAGGAACACACGGACGUGGACCAUCUUGGUUUCUGGUUAUGCCAGAAGUGGCUGCCUCGAGGAGGCCCAGCUCCUCUUCGACUUGAUGCCCGAGCGCAACACGGUUUCCUGGAACGCUUUGAUUAGUGGGUAUGCACAGAAUGGGUAUGUCGGCAUGGCUCGGCGUCUCUUCGAUACGAUGCCGAUGCAUGAUAUUGCAUCGUGGAAUGCUAUCAUCACUGGGUACUGCCAUGCUCAUCAGAUGGUUGAAGCGAAGGAAUUGUUCGAGCAGAUGCACAUGAAGGACUUGGUUUCUUGGACGGUGAUGAUUUCUGGGUAUGUUAUGGUUAAUGAACAUGGAAAGGCUUGGCGGACUUUCCUUAGGAUGCAUCGGGAAGGAGUGAGACCGGACCAGUCUAAUUUCACGGCCGUUAUCUCUGCAGUUGUGGCUCUUGGCAAUCUCAAGCUGCUCGAAAACCUACGUACUUUGGUGAUCAAGACGAAUUUCGAAGGGGAUGUGGUAGUGGGAACAGCUAUUCUGAAUGCUUACACGAAGGAUGGCGGAGGGUUGGAUGAAGCAGUGAAGUUCUUUGAACAAAUGCCAGAGAGGAAUGAGUACUCUUGGUCCACGAUGAUUGCUACCUUUGCACAUACUGGGCUGUUGGAUGAUGCCAUCUCUAUUUACGAGAGGGAUCCUGUGAAGUCCCUUGCCUCCCAAACUGCAAUGUUGACUGGCUAUGCUCAGAAUGGCAGGAUAAGUGCAGCAAAAAUCCUUUUUGAACAGAUUCCCAAUCCUAGUGUGGUUUCUUGGAAUGCUAUGAUUGCUGGGUAUGCACAGAACAAUAUGUUAGAUGAAGCAAAGCAGUUGUUUCAUAGGAUGCCCAUGAGGAAUGCAGUCUCAUGGUCUGCGAUGAUUGCUGGUUGUGCGCAGAAUGGAGAGAAUGAAGAAGCUCUGCAUCUUCUGUCGGAACUUCAUAGGCUUGGGAUGUUGCCCAGCCUUUCAAGUUUGACCAGUGGUUUCUUUGCCUCUGGUAAUAUUGGAGCUCUUGAGUUUGGCAGACAACUACACUCGCUUUCUCUAAAAGCAGGUUCUCAGUUCAAUUCUUAUGUUAACAAUGGUUUAAUUACCAUGUAUGCCAAGUGCAAGAACAUUGAAGCUGUGUCUGGCGUUUUCCGGUGGAUGAAAGCAAGAGAUACUGUCUCCUGGAAUUCUUUGAUAACUGCUCUUUCUCAGAAUAACAUGAUGGAGGAUGCACGAAUUGCUUUCGAUAAGAUGUCGAAGCGAGAUGUUGUGUCUUGGACUGCCAUUAUAUCUGCAUAUGCACAGGCUGAAAAUUGGAAUGAAGCUUUGAAACUCUUUCUCAAAAUGUUAAACGAAGGAAUACUACCCAACUCUCUGACGAUUACUAGUGUUCUUAGUGCUUGUGGGAGUUUGGCUGCCACAAACCUUGGCCGACAGAUCCAUGGCCUUACAUUUAAAAUGGGCUAUGAUCUGGAACUAUUUGUUGGCAAUGCUUUGAUUACAAUGUACUUUAAGUGUGGCUGUGCAGAUUCGUUUUGGGUCUUCUAUGAGAUGUUUGAGUGUGAUAUAGUUACAUGGAACUCAAUGCUUGCAGGAUGUGCUCAACAUGGUCUUGGAAGGGAGGCCGUGGAGAUUUUUGAGCAAAUGAAGUCUGAACAAGUCCUUCCAAAUGCAGUGACAUUCUUAGUGCUCUUAUGUGCUUGUAGCCAUGGCGGCUUAGUUGAUGAAGGAUGGCACUAUUUCAAGUCAAUGAGCAAAGUUUAUGGAAUCAUGCCAUCAAGAGAGCAUUAUGCUUCUAUGGUUGAUCUUCUAGGGCGGGCUGGUUACUUAUCUGAAGCUGAGGAGUUCAUAGAGAACAUGCCCAUCGAGCCAGACUCUGUGGUUUGGGCUGCACUUCUUGGUGCGUGCAGAAUCCAUCAGAAUGUGGAACUUGGUCGGAGGGUCGCUGAGAGACUGUUUGAUAUGGAUCCACAAGAUUCAGGUAACUAUGUCUUACUCUCUAACUUAUAUGCAUCUCUUGGGUUGUGGGAUGAAGUUGAAGAAGUCAGAAAGUUGAUGAUAGAUCGACAUGUGAUAACAAGGCCAGGUUACAGUUGGACUCAAAUAAAGAAAAAGAUUAAAUCUGUCACUGGGAAUAUACAGCAGGAACAUAUUGGCGUGAUUUAUGCUACUAUGAAAGAAUUUUACAAUAACAUGAAAGAUCCAGGUUAUGACUCUGAUUUGAAAUCCCUUAAAUAUGAUGCGGAAGAGGAGGAGGAUGCGCAUCUCUACCACAGUUGACUUAGAGGUUACUAUUGGCCAAGUUUCACUAAGUCGUGUACAAAAAGAUCAGUGAAAUGAGUAAGAAAUAGCCCUAUAUUUUGUAGAAAAUGCACUAAGAAUUGCUACUGGCAGCAACAACAAUACCAAAAGGAGAACACUACUGAUAAGAUCAUAUAGUUCUUUUUAUUUUAUAAGCUAUGAUGCAGAAUUUCUAGCUUUGUGGGUGGAGAUAUUUUUAACUUUGGAAACACCCAAAAAGAAACAGAGUGAUAUUGCCUCAUGGCAUCCCUUUCUUUCUCAAACUCGAAGUCUUUGAUCUGUAUGUAAGGAGGCAAGAGUAUGGUUUCUGAUGGUUGAAGGCCAAGCCUAUUUGCAAAUUUCUCCUCCGCCUUUCACCUUCUCCUCCUCUGCUUCAAAUUUGUUUUUGCAAUCUCCUACUUCAGACAAUCUCUGUUCAGAAGGAUUCUUCAAUGUUGUUUGAAGAUACUUGGAAAUGCUAUACAGUUUACUGGCAUUACUUUGAAAGCUCUAUCUCAGUGAGCACCAUACAGUUGUCUUACUGGAUACUGCCCUCUCAACAGCUAAGCUUAUGAGGAUGUCAUCACAAAAUAAAAAGAGAAAAGAAGACAAGGUGAAGCAGCUGAAAGUGCAAGCAGCAGGUUGAGGUAGCUCAACCUUUCUACUGGGGCAAAUGCAGAUGGCUGAUGGCAAAUCACCCACUUCAUGGUCAGAUAACAAAGUUCACGUCAGAAAAUGCACAGAACAAAUGCCAACAUCUCAAAAGCUGUCCUUUGUUUGAAAUGCAAAUUUUAUGGAUGCUGUCCUUCUUUCUUGCUCUGGAAAGUCUAUUUCGAUGCAUUUUAGCAUGCUAUACUGGAAAAUGAUAGAUCAGCCACUUCAGUGCCCAAGAAAAAGAAGGUUGAGCUAAUGUUUCAAUUUGUUUCUGAUGAGCAGUAGUCCAUCUUAAGUGAUGGAUAGGAUCCGUGCAAAAAUGUCACGUACCCAAGUUGGCUAUCUAAAUGCUGGUCUCUGAUAGCUAAUCCAAUCAAGGUACCUGUUCAAGUUGAUCAGUGAGCUGCCUUCACUGGUGUCACAUUGCUGCGGUGAAGAAAUGGAGUUCUGUGGCUCGAAGACCUGAUAGUACAUAUUAACUUUUAU